CACUGUCGCUCUCUUUCUCUCGAUCAACUUCCCUUUUAUCACUAUCUUUUCUCCUCCUCUCCUUUCCUUUCUCAGCUCAAGAGAAAAGAAAAAUGAGGACCUCUCUGCUCAGAUCUGUGGAAUCCGCCGUCAAGAGGAGCAGAUCCGCUCACCUCCGGCGAUCUUUCCAUGCCGGCGCCGUUCCGGAGCGCAAGGUCGCCAUCUUGGGCGCCGCCGGCGGGAUUGGUCAACCCCUGUCCCUGCUCAUGAAGUUAAACCCUCUCGUUACCAGGCUCGCACUCUACGAUAUCGCCGGAACCCCCGGCGUCGCCGCUGAUGUCAGCCACAUCAACACCCCAGCCGAGGUUGCUGGAUACGCUUCAGAGGAGCAGCUAGGGAAAGCUUUGGAGGGAUCUGAUCUCGUCAUCAUCCCCGCUGGAGUCCCGAGGAAGCCUGGGAUGACGAGGGAUGAUCUCUUUAACAUUAACGCGGGGAUCGUCAAGUCUCUCUGCACUGCCAUCGCUAAGUACUGCCCUAAUGCUCUUGUUAAUAUGAUAAGCAAUCCUGUGAACUCGACGGUGCCGAUUGCAUCGGAGGUUUUCAAGAAGGCUGGUACUUAUGAUGCCAAGAAGUUGUUUGGUGUUACCACGCUCGAUGUUGUGAGAGCCAAGACCUUUUAUGCUGGCAAGGCCAAGGUUCCAGUUUCUGAGGUUAAUGUUCCUGUUGUUGGUGGGCAUGCGGGUAUAACUAUCUUGCCACUGUUCUCCCAGGCAACUCCAUCCACUAAUGCUUUGUCAGAGGAGGAUAUACAUGCUCUUACAAAGAGAACACAAGAUGGUGGUACUGAGGUGGUGGAAGCAAAGGCUGGCAAGGGAUCUGCAACUUUGUCUAUGGCCUAUGCCGGAGCUGUCUUUGCUGAUGCAUGCUUAAAGGGUCUUAAUGGGGUUCCAGACAUUGUGGAAUGUUCCUUUGUGCAAUCGACAGUUACUGAGCUACCUUUCUUUGCCUCAAAGGUGAGGCUGGGGAAAAAUGGAGUUGAGGAGGUACUCGGGUUGGGCCCCCUGUCAGACUUUGAGAAGCAGGGUUUGGAAAACCUCAAGGCUGAGCUCAAAUCCUCUAUCGAGAAGGGCAUCAAGUUUGCCAAGGAGAACUGAUCAAAUUAGCUAAACCAAUUAGGUUCCUUGAAAAUCUUAGUUUUGCAUUUGUAUGUUUUGAGGGGUGAUUCACCCAUCACUUGUCUGUUAAAAUUACAGAGAUUUUUGCAGUCCGGCUGUUUGGUUCCAGAACUGUAUCAAUAAAAUGUAUGCAAUUUGUUUAAGAGGAACACUAGAACGUUUACUGGGUGCAUCAGUAGGUAAUGCGACUAGACUUUCCGAUUUGAUUUUA